UGCAGAAUAUUCGUAUUAGUCUAUGGUUUUUGUGCGUUUUUAUCGUCAUGUCUGCUCGGAAACGCCGUAAAACCAGAGAGGUCUCUGGUAGAACGUCUCCAGACAUAUCCCAACGGAUAAGCUGCAAGAAACAGCCCUACAGUAUCCCUCAAAGGACCUCCUGCUUGGGUCAGCUGUCCACUGAGUCUGACUCUGACCGUCAGCCUGGCCACCAAACUGUCACCCAAGAGGCUAAUAGGAAGAGGCCAAGAAGCAGCACUACACAGUCUGCUCCCACCACAAGCACAACAAGUGGCAUCUCCCAGAAAAGAAAGAGGGAAGGUACUGACAACAACCCAGUGGAGAGGACCUCUGCUCAGGAGCUGGACGAUGAGGUGUCCAUCUUGAUUGGAUCAAACAAGACCACCUGUGCCGAGACCCCUGAAGGUGUUUUUACAUCCAAGUAUGCUGUGGGAGAACAGCUUGGAUCAGGUGGAUUUGGCUCAGUGUACGCCGGAAUAAGGAAGUUCGACGGUGAAAAGGUGGCCAUUAAGUUUCUUUUGAAACGCAGAGCGGUGAAAUGCUUCAGUGCUCAGUUUGAUUGCAUGCAGGUGCCUUUGGAAGUGGCCCUGAUGACCUUGGUGUCCCAGCCUGAGCAAUGCCCUAACAUCGUGCAACUGCUCGACUGGUUUGACUUUGAGAAUCUAUACGUCUUGAUCCUGGAGCGCCCCAGCCCCUGCGCUGACCUCUAUGAGUUCAUGGAGGUGUUUGGAGGCCCUUUCGAAGAGAUGGACGCUAAAUCCAUCAUUCAGCAGCUGGUCCAUGCUCUCAUCAGAUGCAGGGACAAAGGCGUCUUCCACAGGGACAUCAAGACCAAAAAUGUCCUAAUCAACAUCGCUGAUUAUUCAAUCAAAUUGAUUGAUUUUGGCUGUGGCGACUUGAUGCGAGACACCUAUACCAGCUUUGCCGGUACCAGAAGCUACACACCACCAGAGUGGCACCUGCAUAAAUGCUACAAGGCCUCCCCAAGCACAACAUGGAGUCUUGGAAUCCUGUUGUUUGAGCUGGUGUGUGGUUUCAGGCCCUUCAAGACCCCAUUGGAUAUCACGCGCAACCAGCCCAAGUUUGUUGAGGGUUUAUCCGAAGAAUGUAAGAACCUCAUCAGCUGGUGCUUGAGGAAGGAGGCAGAGGAAAGACCCACUCUGGAGGCUAUCUUGACACAUGAGUGGAUGACAGCUAAUCUGUCAUAAAUGGUCACAGGGAGAAGCAGACAGGGGAGAUAAGGGACAACGUCAUCAGCUGCCUCUUCCUCCAUCAGCAGACCAAAAGAAAAGCAUCUGAGUACACCAAGUCUCACCUGGGUGGAGCACCACAUUAUUUGGCAACACCCAAUAAGAGUAGCCUACAUUACUCUCACUGGCAACACCACCACACAGAAGGGCACCUGUGACUCGCCUCCUCACAGUGUGUCAGUCUUGGCCAUAAGAUUUUGACUGAAUGUGAAAGAUCAGAGCAUGUACUCUCUUCACCAGUUACCAUCUUGCUGAUGCUCUCCCCUGCUUCCCCACUACUGGCACUUCCAUUGGAAAGCGACCCCCC